AUGAUGUCACCAAAGGAGAAGAACGACGACUUCCGGGAGCCAGUGGUGCAAGGCCAUCCCCCUUCAGCCUCUCGUUUACUUCUGAAUAUUUUGGGUUGCCUAUUAUCCCUACCCAUCUACUACUUCUCAACAGUCCACAGUCGCUACCCCGUAACGCUAGACAUCGUCAUCACUAUCGCUCUCACAGAACUCAACCGUUAUAUCGUCGAAGGACGUCGACAACACUUUGCUCGUUCCCUACAUACACCGAGCUUCGACCAACACUUGGACGAAAAGAAAGAAUGGAGCGGUCUUCACUUGGAAGCUCAACCAUGCAUCCCCAACGCGGACUGUAUGGCGGCAGUUGUUGGCUGGCGUGAGGAUCCAUCGCUCUAUGCCCGGGCACUGCAAAGCUACAAGUCAGCCAAGACAUGUACCUUCUUCCUUGCAGGCAUCGACGGUGACGAGGCAGAAGACCAAGACAUGGUAAACGUCUUCUGCCAAGUCUUUCCCGAGAACUCCACCGUCAUCCAGAUCCCAGAGCCCUUGGGUGAGGUUGCUGAACGCAUCCGCGCCAAAACCAUGGCUCUCCAGCGUCAAAACGGAAUUCCUGUCAACGAAGACGAAGCAAAUGCCAUUUCCAUGCAAGCUUGUCUCGACCUAGCCCGAUCGAUCCUUCGACAACAUGACCUGACCAUUGGCGGUCCCAAGGGUAUCAAACAUCUCUGUCUGAAGCAACGCCAUAUGCACAAAAAGGGAAUAAUGUUCACAGCCUACGUCUUUGCCCUUGUCAUCUCAGACAUCCUCGGCAUCGAGUACCUCUGGUCCUCCGACUCAGACACCAUCGUCUUUCCAGAUUCCUUGGAGAAAACAAUCAACACCAUCGCUUCUGACCUCAAAGCAGGCGGUGCCUCCUCCGGGCUUGUCGUCCACAACAACAGAGAAACCGCCGUCACAAACCUCGCCUCAGCAGUCUACUGGGGCGAGCUCUAUCUCACCCGCUCAACACCAGCUUGCACCGGCACAAGUGACUGCCAGUCUGGUCCCAGCACCGCAUUUCGUCUGUCUGCCCUUCCGGCGAUCCUGGUGCCGUGGUAUACGCAAAUCGCCUUUGGCAAGCGGAUGAUUGUCAACGAAGACAGGCAUCUCACCACUAAUUUACUACUCAGAGGAUGGAACGUAAUCUUUGCCUCCGAUGUCCUGGCUGCAACAGACACCCCUACCACAAUGUCUCGAUGGUUGAGACAACAAGUCCGCUGGGCGAGGGCAACGCAUAUCGAGUCGCUUCUCAGGCCAAAGGUCUAUCUCGUCAGUCAUCCGCUUUUGUUCUACGGGAUGGUGAAGCGGGAGUUUGGACCGGCGAUCGGAGCGUUGGCGGUGAUGUGGUUCUUUUUUACUGGGCACCAGUUGAUUGAGAUAUCGGUUAUGGACUUUGUUUUUCGGAUCUUGAUUAGCACCAUGUAUAAUUUUGUGAGGAACACACACAGGUUGAGGCUCGGAGAUGUGAGGUGGAUCGUGCCGGGUGUGUUCUUUUACUACAUCCCGUUGCCCGCGGUGCAGAUUUACAGCAUGCUGACCAUGGCAGCUGAUGGCUGGGGGACGUCGAUGAGGGCGAGUGGGGAUAUGGAACGGGCAAAGAGGGAGGGCAUGAGGAAGGCGUGGUUUGAUCUUGGGUUCUUUGUUGUUUGGAUGGGGAUUGUGGCUGGGGUUGUGGCGAAGGUGUUGGCUAUCCACUGGGGAUUGGUGUGGUAUGAGAAGAUGGUGUGUAUAAUGAUGAGCAUGGGGGUGGCGAUGUGGGGUGGUUGGAGGGUGACGAUUGGUGCUUCUGGAUGA